UUGGAACUCUACGUUUUGUGUUUUGUGCUUUGUGUUUGCUCUCUCUCUCUCAUGCGCGUGUAGGUGUGUGAUGUUUCCUUCCUUGUUGUGUAUAAAAGCUAAACUCACCUGCUGAAGAAAGUCACCCAUAUUGCAUGCUCUCAACAAUAUUAGAAAUGGAGCUUAUAAUCUUCAUCACUCUUCUCAACAUUUUUUUCUCUGCUCUACUACCAAGUACUUGUUCUUCUUCGCAAAUUCAGUUGCAACCUUCACUUCAUCAUCAAGGGUCAGUCAAUGUGCAUGCGCACGAUCAGCUUCCUCUCCCAACACUGCCUAGAAAGCUAAGAUUUGCUGAGAAGGUUGAUGAAUCUGGUGGUGAAGCCAAAGAUCUUGCAUCACACAAGGAGAAAGAUUCCCUUCCUACAGGGAAGAAAUACGAUAGGAAACAAAACAUGGUGCUGGGCAACAAGGAGUCAAGACAAGAAUGGAUAGAAGGGGAGGACGACACUUCAAAAUACUUUACGAUGGAUUACCACGGCGUCAGAAGACGACGUCCCAUACACAACAAGCACUUACCGGUGACUCCAUGAAGCAAGACUUAGCUAGUAAAAAAACAUAACAUAGGAGGUCUUCUAAGUUACAAUUUUGACUAAUGUAUGCACUUAUAUAUGUAACAUAUAUGUUAAUGUAUUAUGUAUUAACGCUCUACCUUAUAGUUUGAAGGUAUUUUUUUCCGUUUUACCUAUUUUUAGAAGAAAAAAGCACUAUUAGGGUGCAUAGCAAAAUCCUAAAAUUCGUGACCAAACUAGCUAGGACUUGGGAGUUGGGUUUGGCACCCCACCUAUGGGGCUUGGCACCCCACUUUAUUAAAUACGGAAUUUAAAAUUCCGUAUUCUUCAUAUUGAAUACGGAACUUAAAAUUCCGUAUUGUAUUUAA